AUGAAACAGAUGUGGGAGAAUUUGGGAUGGGAAGAUGCAGUUGAUGAGGGUGGUUGGGAUUGCGACGGAGAGGGGUUGGGAAGGGGUGGGCAAGGUCGUCGUGGUGGUUGGCUGGUCCACGUGGAAGUCCACCUCAUUAAAAAAUGGGACCCACAUUUGCCACGUAGGCAGAUAACAAAUUUCCUGACGGAUUCGCUAACGGAGGGGGGCGAUUUGUAA